AUGGCUGGAAGUAAUGGAUCUGCAGGUGAUGAGUGGGAGUUGAACCUCCACAUAUUAGGCCCCGAGACUAUGGCGGCUAGAAGUAUUAUUUUUGGACUGGCUGAUGCUAUGCAGCAGCCAGAGCAACAGCCUAACCCACAGCAAACAGUUACUCCUAUUUUAGCCAGACGAGGGAGGGGAAGGCCAAGGAGGGAGCCGUUGCCAACCCAACCUGGCCAAGCUAGUCCUGCUACAAUGUCAAGCGCACUGCAAGACCUUCACCAACUGCAGCAUCAAAUUCGACAGCAAGUCCAGCAACAAAUCCGAGAGCAGCUGCAGCAACUGCAACCUGCUCAAGCUCAACCUGCUCAAGCUCAACCUGUUCAGCAGCCGAUACUGCCUAAUCCUCUGCCUGGCAUCAUCAUCCCUGAUGAUUUGGAAAACUUGUUUGAGUUUGGAGCCCACGUAUGUGGGCCUGAAGAUUCCGCCUAUGCAACUGGAUUGUUUGGGGUUCACAUUAAAAUUACGAGCAGUUUCCCAUUCAAAGCUCCUACCUUCACUUCACCAAUUUUCCACCCAAACGUCAUGGAGGGUGGCACCAUAUGUGUAGAUCUGCUAGAUGACGAAUGGUAUCCAAACACUACAAUUGAAAAUGUGCUGAAGGCUUUACAGGGUUUGAUGAGGGAACCAAACCCUGACUCCCCUCACUGUUAA